AAUUAAAUUAAAUUCCAGGCAUGCGAAUAUACAUUGAAAACGUUGAAGAGUGUUUUCGCCGUGUUCCGUUGGAACUUGUAUACCCUGUUUACUAACCAUUCCCAUUCCCAUUUUGUCAUUCCAUUUAAUUUAUUUAGAAAUGAAAACAGAAAAAAGUGUUUACUUUCCAUUCCCAUUCCAUGAGCUUUUAUUUGGGGAAUCAAAUAGUGCUGAACAGUAGCAACUUUUGGGAAACACAAUAUUUUGGUUUCAGGAAUGGGAAACGGACGGAUUUCUCUCUUCUUUCUCAUUAAUGAGACCCAUGUAUCGAAUCCCCCAACCACCCAAAAAUCAAUUUAUUACCUCUUCUACCAUUUGACAGACAAAUCAAUGAAUCAUCCCAAAAACCCCCAAACCCUAUUAUCCCAAACCCAACCCUUUCCCCUUCUUCUCAUCUGCUGCCCGCCGCCUCACUUCUCCUCCACUCUCCCCUGC